AUGGUUCCUGACACCAACGCGGCAGGGUGCUUCACAACUUUAGAAGACCCCCAGGCUGAUCCCCGUAUAUGUGAUGUUAAUGUUGAACGCAGAUCCCCUUGUGAUCGUAUAGCUAUUACAACAUGGGAACAACGUCAUUCUGCGGUAUUGCCGGAGGAUUUAAGAAAUUUUUAUGCAUCGACUGAUGGAUUUAAACUCACAUGGCAUUACAAGUAUUCAGCCGACGAAAUUUUACCCGUUGGUUCAAUUCGCGUAAAUUCUCUAAGUGAGUUAUACCUUUCCCCGGGCCUAAAAGAUCUUCUAGAUUUCUCGCUCACAAGACAAAAUAAUGGGCCGCGACCAGUCUUGAAUACCAAGAGUAAAGUAUUUGAAUUAGAUACAUGCAGAACUAUUGGCAAGAUUUGUCUAGUGUACUCUGGAAAUGCAUGGUCUGUGUGGCUGGUAACCCGUGAAGGCGCUUGGGGUUUGCUCGCAGACUCUUUCACGCAAUACUUUCGAAUGGCAUUAGUUCACUUGGGGCUUCCUGGGUGGCAAGCUGCUUUUGCUAAUUUACCAUUAAUACCCUGGGCUGAACAACUCUUUCUACUACUUGCGCCACAUUUACUCGACAAGUCGGAAUCUGAAAGUUCCUUAAUAACGGUUGGAAGCGAAACUGGUUUGAAUCAUAUUGAUCCUAAUAUAUUUAAAACUUCUGUUCGUCAUCAUAAGAACACGUCGCGUCACACGUUGCAAUAA